AAUAUGGAAAAUAAAAAGGAAAAGAAACGUGAACAAGUAAAAAAAAGCGAUAAAUUAAUAUCCGAUCCACAUCGGGAAUAUUUGGAUAUGAAUACCGAUGAAGAAGGCUACGAAAGACAUGAAAGUUCCGAGGGUGAAGAAGAAACUUCUUCAGAACCAGAAAAUCCUAUCUAUACUGAAAAACAACUGAUAACGUUAGUACAAUAUAUAAAAGAUUUGACUGUAUUAUCUCAUCUCAAGGAAUCAGAUUGGAAUGAAAACUGUUACGAAGUUAUAGAAGAAUAUUUUCAAUGCGUAACUCAUAAUAUAUUGAUUAUAUUUUUCAAUCAAAAUAAAUUAAAAGCAUCUUUAAAUUUUUACGAUUGCAGAGAUGUAGAAGUUAUGUAUUUUUUAAGAUCAUCGUUACAAAUCUACAUGCCUGAUGAUUUUUUUAAAACUAUUCUAUGUGGAAAUGUCACCAGAGAUAAAACAAAAUCAAUUUUUAAAUUUUUAAUAAAUAUAUACGCACCUGUUGCUUUGAAUAGUAAAGAAUGGCCAAAAAUUAUACAAAAUGAUUUAUAUUUGAAUUUACAUGAUCUUUUAAUGGUUCUAAAUGAUCAGCUUUGUAAAUCAAUAAAUAGAACGAUUUUGUACGUACCCAAAGAACGGUUACCUAAAUUACAAGGAUUUCGUUUAUUUUAUGAGAAUGAUUCCAUAUUUAUAGAAGAAAAAGAUUCUAUCCUAUUAACGCAAGAGUUUCAUAUUAGAGAAUUCAUUGGAAGAUUGGAAAAAAUAGUCAGGUGUUGGAUCAAGCAAAUACAUUCAGCUUUGGCUGCUAUGGCUAUUAGAAAAAAUAUUAAAAGUAUAAUGGAUGAACGGAAUCAUUGGAAAAAUGUUUAUGAUAAUUUAAAUUCUUUAAAUCAUCAAUUGUCCAAUAACGAAGUCCAAGGAAUUUUCAAAUUAUUAAGAAAUAUUAAUUCAUCUAGUGUAGAAUCAUUUCCAAUGGAUAUUAAACAAAUACAGAAAGCAUUGAUAGAAUCUUCAUCUAAUUUAAUAUACUUAAACAUUUUAUCUGAAUAUUGUACUAAUUUAUUUAUCUCCAAUAACAUAGAAAUUAAUACAACAAAGAUAUUCCUUCUGAUAUUGGUCAUUUGGGUGGAAUCACCUUUUUACAGUAUAACAAAUAAUAUAGAAUCCCUUUGUCGAGCAUUAAGUUUGCAGUUAAUAUCUCAAUGUCAAUGUUGCAUAGAUUUAGAAAGUGCAAUUAAGGGACACGUCGAAAGUGGAAUACAUAUGCUAAAGAAAUCUAUAUCUACUUGUGAAAUGUAUAAAAAAAUUUACGAGAAAUUUGUUAAAAAAGUAGUAACAUCUAUCAACCCUAAUAAAAUAUGGAAUAUAGAUGAGCAAUUAAUUUUUAAUAACAUUAAUGCAUUUAUACAAAGAUGUCAUGAUAUAAUUGAAAUUUGUAAUGCGCGAAUUAUUUUUGAAAGGUGUACCAAAGGAGGAACAUUCGGAGGCGCAAAAGGAUUAGAAUAUGAAACAUGUUGUCAACAAAUUGAAAAUCUGUUUUAUGAUCAUUUAAGCAACAUCAUUGCAAUUCAAGAUAAUUUAUUAAAUAUUCAAAAUAUUAAGUGGAAUAUUGCUAUAGAUAAAUUUAGAAGAGCUACAAUACAAUUAGAGAACACAAUCAAAAAUUUAAUUAAUCAUAUUUUUGAAAACAUUAAAAACGUUGAUGAGGGCAUUGAAGCGAUAUAUGCUCUUGAAAGAUUUAAGUAUCGAAAGUGUUUAAAAGAUUUAAUACAUGAAAAAUGGGAACAGGUAUGGAAAAUUUUAGACGAAGAAAUAGAAAUGUGCAAUGUAACUAAAAUUAUAGAAAUAGGUGAAUAUCAUCCACUUAUUAAAUCCUUUUCUAAAUACUCCAAAGAACGGUACACAAACAAAUAUUAUUUAAAAGUGCAAUAUACAAAAAUGAUAAAUGCAUCUUAUUGGCUGAGAGAUUGUAUAGCUGAAAGGUAUGCCCUGGAACGGUACAAAGUUGUAAUAAAUCAGUUAAAAGAUACUUAUAUUAUUAAUGAAAUAUAAAGCUAAUCACAUGAAUUUAAGAAUUCUAUAAAAAUUAAC